AUGCACGUCCCCUUCCCUCGCACUGUGGGCAGAGCUAACAAACUGCUGUCAAGUGCCGUCAGCAACGCUGUGGGAGCCGGACACACUACCAUCGUGCUGGGAGGAGACCACAGGUACACACCACAACAACACCUUCAUGUUCUCAGAGAACCAAGACAGUAUGGUUAUUACAGCAACAGCGACUUAUAGGACUGUCAACAUUGACAGUGUUAGGAAAUGAAGCACGAGGCAGGCUUAGGACCCUAGACAUAGCGAGAGUAGGUUUAUCAGUGGGCUGCUCAACCGGUUUCUCAACAACAGUGACACAGUCAGUGUGUGCCCUGGGGGGAAUAGAGAACACAGAAUGCAUUAAAUGUAAUCGAAAUGUAUUAAUAACGGUGAUUGGAGUCUAACCCACUUCCUGAUCACUCCCCUCGCAGCCUGGCCAUUGGUUCAGUGGAAGGCCACGCCCAGCAGUGUCCUGACCUGUGUCUGAUCUGGGUCGACGCCCACGCUGACAUAAACACGCCCCUCACCUCGCCCUCGGGGAACCUCCACGGACAGUCGGUGGCCUUCAUGCUCAAAGAGCUGCAGAACAAGGUAAGAUGACAGAGGAGUUAGUUAGACAUGGCAUGCAUUCUUACUAGCCUGAUCCCUAACCCCAGGCCAUGCUUACGCCUCUGGUUACCUGGGUAGCCACCGGAAGUCUGGGGGUUUCAAAUGAAGGUGCUAUGUCCAAGUGCUCCCCCCGUAGCCUCAGUGACCAUAGAGUUGGCUAUACAGAUCUGGAUACCAGGCUAUAUUCUCACAACAGCCUCAGUGACCAUAGAGUUGGCUAUACAGAUCUGGGACCCAGGCUAUAUUCUCACUACAGCCUCAGUGACCAUAGAGUUGGCUAUACAGAUCUGGAUACCAGGCUAUAUUCUCACUACAGCCUCAGUGACCAUAGAGUUGGCUAUACAGAUCUGGAUACCAGGCUAUAUUCUCACAACAGCCUUACUGCUCUCCCUCUGAUACUGACCUGUUACCUGUUGUUGUUUCUGUUGUUGUUGUUGUUGUUGUGUCUGUAGAUGCCAGAGCUGCCAGGGUUCAGCUGGAUGAAGCCCUUCCAUUCAGCUAAGGACCUGGUCUACAUCGGCCUGAGAGACGUCGACCCUGGAGAGUAGUAAGUACACUACUCUGUGCACGACUCUGUGCACUGUCAAGUACACUACUCUGGGUUAAAACACAGUUAAAACACAUUACAUUACAUUUUACAUGGCCUUGAGGCCGAUACGUAAAGCUUAAUAAAGAGCAGUGAUACCAUCGAGAGCAGUGAUACCAUCGAGAGCAGUGAUACCAUCGAGAGCAGUGAUACCAUCGAGAGCAGUGAUACUAUCGAGAGCAGUGAUACCAUCGAGAGCAGUGAUACCAUCGAGAGCAGUGAUACCAUCGAGAGCAGUGAUACUAUCGAGAGCAGUGAUACUAUCGAGAGCAGUGAUACUAUCGAGAGCAGUGAUACCAUCGAGAGCAGUGAUACUAUCGAGAGCAGUGAUACCAUCGAGAGCAGUGAUACCAUCGAGAGCAGUGAUACCAUCGAGAGCAGUGAUACUAUCGAGAGCAGUGAUACCAUCGAGAGCAGUGAUACCAUCGAGAGCAGUGAUACCAUCGAGAGCAGUGAUACUAUCGAGAGCAGUGAUACUAUCGAGAAAAGUGAUACUAUCCAGAGCAGUGAUACUAUCGAGAGCAGUGAUACUAUCGAGAGCAGUGAUACUAUCGAGAAAAGUGAUACUAUCGAGAGCAGUGAUACUAUCGAGAAAAGUGAUACUAUCCAGAGCAGUGAUACUAUCCAGAGCAGUGAUACUAUCGAGAGCAGUGAUACUAUCGAGAGCAGUGAUACUAUCGAGAAAAGUGAUACUAUCCAGAGCAGUGAUACUAUCGAGAGCAGUGAUACUAUCGAGAGCAGUGAUACUAUCGAGAGCAGUGAUACUAUCGAGAGCAGUGAUACUAUCCAGAGCAGUGAUACUAUCGAGAAAAGUGAUACUAUCCAGAGCAGUGAUACCAUCGAGAGCAGUGAUACCAUCGAGAGCAGUGAUACCAUCGAGAGCAGUGAUACCAUCGAGAGCAGUGAUACCAUCGAGAGCAGUGAGCGGGUUUCUUAUUUUUUCUCAUCUUAUUCAACUGUUACCAUGGCACCUGCAACAAAGAUAACUCAGAUGUGCCUUUUUGAAUUUUUAGUCACAUUUGAGUCAUUUAGCAGACGCUCUUAUCCAGAGUGACUUACAGUUGGUGCAUUCAACUAAAGGUAGCUAGGUAGCACAACCACACACCACAGUCACACCACAGUAUAUUAGGGUUGGGCAGUAUCCAGAUGUUCAUACCGUCAUACCGUCUCUGUACCAUACCGGGGUAUAUGGUAUUACCGGAAGUGCACACAAGGGGAACUUUUUUUUACACACAAAACAAUUUAGGCAACAGGGAUCUUGAUUUAGCCUGGUUACCAGUCUCUUUAGAUAAUCCACUUCCUGUUUAGCCUGGUUACCAGUCUCUUUAGAUAAUCCACUUCCUGUAGUCCAUGUCAUUACUCCUGAGUGGCGCAGUGGUCUAAGGCACUGCAUCGCAGUGCUAACUGUGCCACUAGAGAUCCUGGUUCGAAUCCAGGCUCUGUCGCAGCCGGCCGCGACCGGGAGACUCAUGGGCGACGCACAAUUGGCCCAGCGUUGUCCAGGGUAGGGGAGGGAAUGGCCGGCAGGGAUGUAGCUCAGUUGAUAGAGCAUGGCGUUUGCAACGCCACGGUUGUGGGGUCGAUUCCCACGGGGGGCCAGUAUAAAAAAAUAUGUAUUCACUAACUGUAAGUCGCUCUGGAUAAGAGCGUCUGCUAAAAUGACUAAAAUGUAAAUGUAAAAAAAAAUUACCAAAGAGACUGGCCUUUCUGCCGUCUUUAAAUAUGAACAUUCUAUCAUUAAUGAGCUCGAGGAGAACAGAGGAUUUGAUCCUGAUUCGAUCACCCUCCCAGCUAUCCUCCAAUCACAACGAUUAUGCAAAUAUUGGAACCCUAUCACUUUUUUUUUCUAAACGUUUGUUUUUUACUUUGUUAUAAAUUCUAAUUCUAUUUGAGGCUCCACAUGUUGUCAUGGAAAAUAUUAAUGUUAUUUCCGACAACCAAUGAGCAACUCCGCUGUAAAUCCAGUGCAUAUUGAAUGUUGAGAUUGCCAAAAGCAGUAUCUUUGGGAAUAACAAGGAGUGGCACAUUAGCUAUAUAGUCUGGUACUCAGACCUCUGUCCAGGAGGGGACUGAAUGUCUCUGCUGUAACCAAGGUGCUUGAUCUUGACAGCUAGCCACUUAGCUAGCAAGUUAGCAAACCAAACACACAUAGCUGGAGCCCUGAGCUGGAUAGAAUGUAUUUGACACAUCUUUAGAUUUCUUAUAGUUAUACUUAACUUAUAGUUAUAAGCAGUGGUGUAGAGCUAUUGUUUUAGGUGAGGGAGCGCGAUUUUUAUUUAUUUAUGACGUCAUAAUUUCGUCAAAGUUUGUACCGACAGAUGCAGCCUAUUUAAUAGCCUAUCAUUAUAGACUAUGCAUCGAAAAAUGUGUCCUCCAAUUGCAACGUCUGCCUAUGACCACACAUAGGCUAUUGUCUAAAGACAAAUGUCAAUUUGUAAUACCCUCAAGUGAGGCAUAGGAUACCUCAUUUCAAAAUAGGCCAUCAUCACUGUCAAUCGUGACAAACGGAAUGAUAAUUCUUCAUGUUUUACCGUCCAAACGGAAUGAUAAUUCUUCAUGUUUUACCGUCCAAACGGAAUGAUAAUUUUUUAUGUUUUACCGUCCAAACUGAAUGAUAAUUUUUUAUGUCAUACCAGACUGCAUCUCAAUGUGUUGCUGUAUGCCAAUCAGUUGAUUGAUCUCAAUCAGUUUCAUGGGAAUAUUACAUUUUACAUUUUAGUCAUUUAGCAGACGCUCUUAUCCAGAGCGACUUACAGUUAGUGAGUGCAUACAUUAUAUAUAUAUUUUUUUUUUCUCUCCAUACAAUAUGCAUUUAGAUCAACUAGAAUUACUGUUUCGUGAGCGGAUUAGAGAAGAGGGUGUUAUCAAACUAUUAGUCUUAUAUUUUGUUUCAAUCAAAGCAUAUAUCCUGUGGCCUAGUUGAGGAAUCUUGAGUCCACUCUAAAAUGUGCAGUUUUGUCACACAACACAAUGCCAAAGAUGUCUCAAGUUUUGAGGCCCAUUGUCGUGCCAUUCAUCCCCCACCAUCACCUCAUGUUUCAGCAUGAUAAUGCACGGCCCCAUGUCGCAAGGUUGUUGGUGAGCAGGUGUCCACAUACUUUUCAUGGUAGUGGAUCUGUGACCAACAGAUGCAUAUCUGUAUUCCCAGUCAUGUGAAAUUCACAGAUUAGGGCCUAAUUUAUUUAUUUAAAUUGACUGAUUUCCUUAUAUGAACUGUUGCUCAGUAAAAUCUUUGAAAUUGUUGCAUGUUGCGUUUUUAUAUUUUUGUUCAGUAUAAAUACAUUAUUAACUCCAAACUGGCCCAAUUCACAUUUCCAAUUGCCCACCCUGACAUACCAAGAUAGAAUGGACCCUGGGUCUCAACCAAUAGCCAAUAUAGGCUAAAUAUUACAUUUACAUUUUAAAGGCCCAUUAUCCCAAGCAGGGCUACAGUAAUUCCAGAGAGUUCCUUGGACUUAGCGGUGGUCACUCUGGGUUUGGAGGUCCUAUGCAAAACGGUGUCGCCUUAACCAAGUGGUCACACAUUGUUCUGGGCUCCACUGGGUAAGAGCAGAGAGAGGUAUGUGCCGUUUUUAUGAGCAUCCUCAAGUCCGACACACGGUGAAUUCCAAUUUUUUUCCCCCUCUGAUUUGGCCAAAGUGGUCAAGAGAUUCCGAUGGGCCUCCGCAGUGCACACAGGUAGCCUAAUAGUUGGUUAUCAUUAUGGCCACCGUCAGAGAGAAGACAGGGAGGAACCCACCAUGUACCUCCAGGCUGCUGUACAGAGUGAUUUGGUUUGUCAUUCUGUAGGUUUUCAUUGAAUUUUAGUGAUCAUUUAAUAGAAUUGAUGUAUUCUCGAGUCAAAUUGGAAAAAAAGUAAGGGAGUGCCGCUCCUCCGCGCUCCGGCAACGCUAGACCCCUGGUAGCACGCACCCCACUGCCCCAGUGAAGCCCCAGUGAAGCCCCAGUGAAGCCCCAGUGAAGCCCCAGUGAAGCCCCAGUGAAGCCCCAGUGAAGCCCCAGUGAAGCCCCAGUGAGGCCCCAGUGAAGCCCCAGUGAAGCCCCAGUGAAGCCCCAGUGAGGCCCCAGUGAAGCCCCAGUGAAGCCCCAGUGAAGCCCCAGUGAAGCCCCAGUGAAGCCCCAGUGAAGCCCCAGUGAGGCCCCAGUGAAGCCCCAGUGAAGCCCCAGUGAAGCCCCAGUGAAGCCCCAGUGAAGCCCCAGUGAAGCCCCAGUGAGGCCCCAGUGAAGCCCCAGUGAAGCCCCAGUGAGGCCCCAGUGAAGCCCCAGUGAGGCCCCAGUGAAGCCCCACCCCCCCCACAAAGAAAAACACAUUUUUAAACAGUAUUGAAAAAUCAUACCAUCAGCAUUUCUAAAUAUACCGUGGGGUAUCGCCCAAGCCUACAGUAUACCACAGUGACUGCUAUGACUUACAGACAAUGUGAUAUGGCUUACAGAAAUGUGAUAUGAUUUACAGACAAUGUGAUAUGAUUUACAGACAAUUUGCUAUGACCUGCAGACAAUGUGAUAUGACUUAAUAACAAUGUACUAUGACUCACAGACAAUGUGAUAUGACUUAAUAACAAUGUACUAUGACUCACAGACAAUGUGAUAUGACUUAAUAACAAUGUGCUAUGACUCACAGACAAUGUGAUAUGACUUAAUAACAAUGUACUAUGACUCACAGACAAUGUGAUAUGACUUAAUAACAAUGUGCUAUGACUCACAGACAAUGUGUUAUGACUCACAGGUAAACCACAGUCACUUGGUUUGCACACAUUCGUCUUUCUAUUUCUGUAUUCUGAUAGAAAGUUGAUCUGGAUAAGAGUGUCUGUUUAAAUGACUUAAAUGUGAAAUGAAAAUGUAUCUGUACACAAAAUUCCACCUGUUUUUAAAGACACUUCCAGACAUCCUCCUCAUGACAGUCUACUCUCCUUUCUCCUCACAGCGACAUCCUGAAGGACUUGGGUGUCCAGUACUUCACAAUGAGAGACAUCGACAGGCUCGGCAUUCAGAGAGUCAUGGAAGUCACUUUCGACCACCUCUUGUCAAGGUCAUUGAAUUACUGUAAAAGAUUAUGGAGUAAUAUUAUAGACUAACUAAGCAGCUUACUGUAUGACAGAGCCUUUCGUUGUGUCAUAAUUACAUUAGGCCCCAUAGAGAAGUCAGUUGAACAGUUUCAUGUAUUCAGUUGACAGUUUGGAUGUAUUCAGAUGACAGUUUGGAUGUAUUCAGAUGACAGUUUGGAUGUAUUCAGAUGACAGUUUGGAUGUAUUCAGAUGACAGUUUGGAUGCAUUCAGAUGACAGUUUCGAUGUAUUCAGAUGACAGUUUGGAUGUAUUCAGAUGACAGUUUCGAUGUAUUCUGUUGACAGUUGAAUUUGAGUUGAAAGUUGAUUGAUUCGCUGAACUGUAUUCUGAACCCUUGUUUUCUUCUGUCCAACAGGAAGCAGCGGCCGAUCCAUCUGAGUUUUGACAUCGAUGCAAUGGACCCGUCUUUGGCCCCGGCCACAGGAACACCAGUAAAUGGAGGUCUGACCUACAGAGAAGGAAUCUGGAUCACAGAGGAGAUCCACAACACAGGCACGCUAUAAUGACCCAUAACACAGGAAUACUAUAACAUAAGAAAUUAUGGGGAAAUGUCUCAGUCAUUAAACUUGAAAACUUUUCCUCUAAGCUAUGGCAGACUCUUGGUAGGACGAGAAUAGUUGCAUUGCUUGAGUUGAUUAUAUUCUUAUGCUGUUGGUACGAUAAGAACAGUUAUCUACGAAGUAACAUUUCAAUAUUGCAACAUUCUUUUAAGUACAUUUUCUUUCCGCAACAUUCUACAAAAGGAACUGAAACUAAUAGAUUUUGUUUGUGUUUAAUCUCCAGGGUUGUUGUCGGUGAUGGACCUUGUUGAGGUCAACCCAGCCCUGGGGGCGAGCCGUGAGGCGGUGGAGAUCACAGCUUCCAUGGCGGUGGACGUCAUCGCAUCUUCCCUGGGCCAGACCCGCGAGGGAGGUCCCAACACCCGGCAGUUGCAAACACUCAAAGAAGACACGGAACAGCUCCGACUCUAG